CUUGCACAUUCAUUCAUUCAAUCGUGCCACACUUUUCUCCUUUCACUUAUUCCUCCUCUCUUUGUUCUAGCUGUCAAUCCAAGAUAGCAUGGCUAGUGAUCAUGAACUCCCUCAAACUCAGGGCAAAACCAUCCUUGAUGCUUGGGACUACAAGGGCCGUCCUGCCGACAAGUCCAAAACCGGCGGCUGGGGCAGCUCCGCCAUGAUUCUAGGUGUUGAGUUAAUCGAGCGGCUUACGACGCUCGGUAUAGCUGUGAAUUUGGUGACUUAUUUGACGGGUACUAUGCAUCUCUCCAAUGCAAGCUCUGCAAAUACGGUCACCAACUUUCUUGGAACUUCUUUUAUGCUUACUUUACUCGGUGGAUUUGUCGCUGACACUUUUCUUGGAAGGUAUCUUACCAUUGCCAUCUUUGCCACUGUCCAGGCUAUGGGCAUCACAAUCUUGACUAUCUCAACAAUAAUCCCAAGUCUCCGGCCACCAAAAUGCCACAACGAAACCGGUUGCAUCCAAGCAAGUUCCACCCAACUAAAUGUUCUCUACUUAGCACUCUACCUCACCGCUCUCGGCACCGGCGGCCUAAAAUCAAGCGUCUCCGGUUUCGGUUCCGACCAAUUCGACGAUAAAGAUGAUAAAGAACGUAAACAAAUGUCGAACUUCUUCGGCUGGUUCUUUUUCUCGAUAAACCUGGGAGCACUUGCUGCAGUUACAAUUCUUGUUUAUAUUCAAGACAAUGUUGGAAGAGAAUGGGGUUACGGAAUUUGCGCCUGUGCUAUCGUAUUAGGGCUUAUCGUGUUUCUGUCCGGUACGAGACGGUACCGUUUCAAGAAAUUAGUGGGUAGUCCGUUGACGCAAUUUGCUACGGUUCUUGUUGGUGCAUGGAGUAAAAGAAAUUUGGAAGUUCCUUCAGAUCCAUCGUUUCUUCAUGAAAUUGAUGAUGUUGAAGAUGGAGGCAAGAAGAAGAAACAAAGGCUUCCACACAGCAACCAGUUCAGAUUCUUGGAUAGAGCAGCCAUCAAGGACCCAAAAGCUACUGCAGUAAAUAAGUGGAAUUUAUCAACCCUAACAGACGUUGAAGAAGUAAAAAUGGUGGUUAGAAUGUUGCCAAUUUGGGCUACUACAAUCAUGUUUUGGACAGUUUAUGCACAAAUGACAACAUUUUCUGUGUCACAAGCAACCACAUUGGACUGUCAUAUCGGAAGCUUCCGAAUCCCACCGGCCUCAUUAACGGUCUUUUUCGUCGGUAGCAUUCUAUUAACAGUCCCAAUUUACGACAGAAUUGUAGUUCCUAUCUUAAAAAACGUUUUCAAGAAACCAAACGGUUUAACUCCGUUACAACGUAUCGGAGUCGGUCUUGUUUUCGCCAUAAUUGCUAUGAUCGCAGCAGCAUUAACCGAAAUAAGAAGGAUACGAACUGCAGAGUCGCACGGUUUGACUCAUAAGCCGGAGGCGGAGAUUCCGAUGACCGUCUUUUGGUUAAUUCCUCAGUUUGUCUUGGUGGGCGCCGGUGAAGCGGUUACUUACGUGGGGCAGCUUGAUUUUUUCUUGAAAGAAUGCCCUAAAGGAAUGAAGACGAUGAGUACAGGGCUGUUCUUGAGUACACUUGCGUUAGGGUUUUUCUUCAGCUCAAUGUUGGUUACUAUAGUGCACAAGGUCACCGGAAACCACCCGUGGCUGGCUGAUAAUAUUAACGAAGGGAAGCUUUAUGAUUUCUACUGGCUAUUGGCGAUUUUGUGUGGUUUGAAUUUAAUUAUUUACUUGGUUUGUGCUAAAUGGUACGUUUACAAGGACAAGAGGCUUGCAGAAGUUGGUAUUGAGAUGGAGGAUGAACCAACUUUCCACUGAUUUUUUUUUUCAUUUUUGGUUUUUUUUUUUUUUAUAUAUAGUUUUUGAGUUUUUUACUUUUUUAAAUGAUUUGUGUUGUAUACUACAAAGCCCAAAAGGUGCUGCUGUGAAAUACUAAGUUUGUAUGAAAUGAAGCAAUAAGUUAAACGAGAUAAAUGUUUAACUUUUUUUUACUGCUAAACAGAAAUAAGAGAAAAUUGUAUAUUUAUUAUUA